AUGUAAUACCGAUACAUACAUGUGUGUAUGUGGAUUGCACUUCUUGUCAAUGAAACCCUAACCAAUUGAUCAUCAUCUGCUCAAUCAUUUCAACCCGAUUUGCAUCACUACUAUAAUCGGAUCCAACCCGCUUCUAAUUCGCCAUGGACGGCAACAAAGACGAGGCAAUCAAAUGUCUCAAAAUCGGCCGAGACGCACUCGACGUCGGCGAUCGAUCUCGCGCGCUCAAAUUCAUCUCAAAAGCUCGUCGUCUCGAUCCUUCUCUCCCUGUCGAUGAUUUACUCUCCAAGAUUCAAUCUUUAGACACUCCGAUUGAUAACGGAUCACCAAAACCUAAUUCUGAUGAGGUUGAUGCUAAUUCUGCUCCUCGUAGGAGGAAUUCAGCUACUGGAUCGUCUUCUUCGUCGUCUUCGGUUGCGUAUACUGAAGAACAAGUGGCGAUUGUGAGGGAAAUUAAGAGGAAGAAGGAUUUUUAUGAUAUUCUAGGGUUGGAGAAGAGUGCUAGUGUGGAGGAUAUAAGGAAGGCGUAUCGGAAGUUGUCUCUUAAGGUUCAUCCAGAUAAGAAUAAGGCGCCGGGAGCUGAGGAGGCGUUUAAGAUGGUUUCCAAGUCGUUUAUGUGUUUGAAUGAUGAGGAGAGUAGGAAAAGGUAUGAUGUUGUUGGUUCUGAUGAGAUUGUUUAUGAGCGGAGACCGGCUAGGAGGAAUCAAGGGUUUAAUGGAUUUUAUGAUGGGGAUGUGGAUGCUGAGGAGAUUUUUAGGAAUUUCUUCUUUGGGGGAAUGAAUCCUGGUGCUGCUACUCAGUUUCGGGGGUUUGGUUUUGGGAAUGGAGUACAUGUGAGAAUGGGGAAUAAUAAUGGUUCUGCUGGUACUUCAAAUGCUAGGGCAUUGAUUCAGCUGAUACCAGUGAUUCUGUUUGUUUUGUUGAGCCUGUGGCCGUCUGCUGAGCCUGUUUACAGUCUUUCUAGAUCUUAUCCCUAUCAACAUUUGGUUACUACACAAAAGGGUGUCGAUUAUUAUGUCAAAUCGAGGAAUUUUGAUCAAGAGUAUCCUACUGGUAGCAAUGAGCGUGAGGAGCUUGAGUUAAGGAUUGAAAGAGAUUAUCUCUCAGUUCUUAGCCACAAUUGUCAGAUUGAGAGGCAGCGGCUUCAGUGGGGUUUUGUUAAGGAAGCACCACAUUGCGAUGCUCUAAAGCAGUUUCGGGCAGCAGCCUGAUCACUUUACAGGUUAUGCAGCCAGAAUACCAGUUUGAUGUAUUUUUGCAGAAUUUAGAGGCUGCAAAUAGAUGAUGGCAUACCUUUAGCCUUUAUUUUGAUGAGUACAAACCUUUGAUGCAGAAAAUACUCUGGGUCCUGCUGCCGUAUGUGUAACAGUUAAUUAGUGUAUGAGGAAGAAAGCUUAGUCCUAUGGGGUGACAUCUUCAAACUCUCUAGAUACUCGUGUAAUUAUCUACAUUCUCAUGUUCAUACUUGAUACUUCAUACAUUUAGUUGCAUAAGUUGCGAUAAUUGUACUUCUGGCACAUGUGAAAGAUGGGGUCGAGCAACUUGAAAUAAAGUUUUUAAAGAA